UCAAUUUUUGCCUUUCGCUUUUGUUUCCGUUGAAACCGCACUCUUCUCUCUCUCUCUCUCUCUCUCUCUCUCUGCAAAAUCCUCCAACAGUCUAAAUUGCUGACUGAACUUUAACUUCAAGAUAAUUCCCAUCAACCCAACAAACACUCCCACCACCUUUAUCUCUCUCUCCGGAGAAAAUUCACAGCUCAAAUUGUCCAUCAACCUUACUUGCCGGAAAUAAUGGCUGUUCCCAGCGAGACAACCGAAACUUCCAACAACUCCCUCUCCCACAAGCUCACCGCCAAAACCCCAUUAUUCAACCUCAAACUCUACGCCGUCAUCGCCAUCCUCGUUAUCUGCCUCCUCUCCGCUGCCCUUCUCAUCUUCCUCUGCCUCUGCAAAACUCGAGUCUCCAGAAAACGCAAGAUGCGCGUGAAGCACAGCUCCGGAUCAAUCCCCCUCGUCUCCAACGAGAUCGCCGAGAUCAAGGCCCCAAGUCCACGCGCCGCCGACAAUUGCGAGCGGAAAAUGGGAAAUGAAAAGUUGAAGGAGGCUCCGCAGGAGGUGGCGGAGAUUAUUGACAUCGAAAGAGGGAAAGUGAACCGGAGCGCGCUGGAGAGUGACGGGUUGGGCCCGCAUAACAUCGGGUGGGGCCGGUGGUAUAGCUUGAAGGAGCUGGAGAUCGCGACACGUGGAUUUUCUCCAGAGAACGUGAUUGGAGAAGGCGGAUACGCCAUCGUUUACCGGGGCGCGUUGCAGGACGGCUCCGUCGUGGCCGUCAAGAACCUUCUGAACAACAAGGGUCAGGCAGAGAACGAGUUUAAGGUGGAAGUGGAAGCCAUUGGGAAAGUAAAGCAUAAGAACUUGGUGGGUCUAAUUGGUUAUUGUGCAGAAGGUGCUCAAAGGAUGCUUGUGUAUGAAUACAUUGACAAUGGCAACUUGGAGCAAUGGUUGCAUGGCGAUGUUGGCCCUGUCAGCCCUCUGACCUGGGACAUUCGUAUGAAAAUCGCCAUCGGGACAGCAAAAGGGCUGGCCUAUUUGCAUGAGGGGUUAGAACCCAAGGUGGUGCACCGUGAUAUAAAAUCCAGCAACAUUCUUCUGGAUAGAAAGUGGAACCCGAAAGUAUCAGAUUUUGGUCUGGCCAAGCUCUUAGGAUCUGAGGCCAGUCAUGUGACUACACGCGUUAUGGGGACAUUCGGAUAUGUAGCUCCAGAAUAUGCAAGCACAGGCAUGCUUAACGAGAGGAGUGACAUAUAUAGUUUCGGAGUUCUACUCAUGGAGAUAAUUACAGGAAGAAGCCCAAUUGACUAUUCCAGACCAGCCGGAGAGAUGAACCUGGUUGAUUGGUUUAAAGGAAUGAUCCAAAGUCACCGUGGAGAGGAUGUUGUUGAUCCUCUGAUUGCAGUUCAGCCCCCUCCAAGAGCUAUGAAGCGAGCAUUGCUGGUUUGUCUUCGAUGCAUAGAUUUAGAUGUCCAUAAGCGACCGAAAAUGGGGCAAAUUGUUCAUAUGCUUGAGGCAGAUGACUUCCCUUUCCGUUCACUUUCUCAGUAUGCCAAUCUCUGAUCUGCAGGAAAAUCGAUCACCUCGAUAAAAGAUCCUCUCCCUUUCCCGUGCAGCUGCCUCCAGUAUUGUUCAAUACACAUCCAAGGAUGCCGGGGGACAGUAACGAAGAGAGAUCGAGAUGGAGAUGAUAAUUUUUAGGCCGAUAGGCAACUCCUGAGGCGCCAUGCGUACAUGAUUUUCCGUUAGUAUAUAUAUAGAAAAGAAAUUACAAGUAUUGAAUGUGCAUAUAUAAAUUUCUAAAUUCUUUUUCUUGAUCUGAUAGAUUGUGUUGAUAUGUUGAGCAUCAUACUUGUAGAUGAGCUUGUAAAUAUAUAAGUACUGGUAUGGUAUUUUUAUAUGUAAGGUCUCUUAAGAAUCUUCA